AUGGCAACAGCGGCAUUGCUACAGAGCCAGAAAAAGGCUCUUCGCAAGGCCGUUUCUACUACUCUUCGUGCGCUACAACCGGUAGACGUCCAUACACAAUCGCGCGCUAUCGCCGAGAGAAUCCUGUCCUCGCGCUUCUUCGAAGAGAGCAGGUCCAUCAGCUGUUACCUUAGUAUGCCUACAGCCGAAGUCGAUACCUCUCAGCUCGUGCCUGAGAUUCUGAGUUCUGGGAAGACACUAUAUGUGCCCAAGGUUGACUUGUCAACAGAAGGGUGGAUGGAGUUCUUAAAGGUUUACGGGCCAGAAGAUCUUGAGUCAUUCCCUGCUGGCCUUUGGGGGAUCAGAGAGCCAACAGUUCAUUGGAAGGAUCAGAAGAGGAUGAGCGCUAUGGAUGCCGACAGUGAUCCUCUCGACGUGAUUCUUCUUCCAGGCAUCGCGUUUGAUCGUUCGAUGUCUCGCCUGGGUCACGGGAAGGGUUAUUACGAUCGCUUCAUUUCCUCUUACGCUGCGUUUGCGGAAAGCCAAGGGAGAAAGAGGCCUUUAUUGGGUCAGCUUGCUCCACGUUUUCACUAUCUGAAUAUCGAAAUGACGCCACCGACCACCUUUUCUUUCACACUGUCAGUUGCUUUGGCAUUGAGACAGCAGGUUCUAGAGGAAUCUGUACCGUCGGGGGAACACGAUUGGAAGGUGGAUCUUAUCAUCAGUCCAGACGAAGUUCUGGGCAGGAGUUCCCUUGUAUGA